UCCUGGAAUGUGUCUCUGAAUAAAGACUAGCAGAAGGUGCGAAGUGACUAGAUGGGAGCCAAGGAGGAAAACUAGGGAAUGGGAGGUGAGAGUGGCUACACCGACCCAACAUCCGGGUUGCCGGAAGGCUGCAGCGCCCGGAGCGGUGUCGGGCAAACCGCUACCCUGGUAUUGUUGGAGCCUCUCCUGGGGACUUUUGAACAGGUGACCCGGUAGGAAGCACAACUGCUUCUGUUGGAGUGCGGUUGCUUGGAGACCGCAGUCUGAAGGGAUUCCCGGCAGAGAUGUCGUUACGGUGCACUGCCUGUCUGGAUGCUUAGGAGCGCGACUCAAAAUUACACCCCUGAGGACCUCGGAGAUACUGUGGCCUCGUGAAUAGAAAUGUCUGCCCAUGUGUCAGGAUUGGAAAUAAUGAAUGAAGAUCAGUUAAUCAAAGAAGUCUUGGAUAAAUUCCUUAAUUGUCAUGAGCAAACAAAUGAUGAAGAAUUUUUGAACGCUUUUGCUCAUCGUUCACAAGAGGAUCGUGUGUCCAAAAGGGGAGUGUUUGGAACUGAUUCUUCAGAAAACGUUUUUACCUCAGCCAAAGUUACUCACAAAAAUGAAGCAAAUAACUGCCAUCUUAGAAAUAAAACCAUCUUUCUUUGUACUUCAUCACAGUGUUUGGAAGAACAGGUAGACAAUUUCCUAGAUUUAGAAGAUUUGGACAUGGAUGAAGAGACUAAACCCCAAAUGAGUGAGGAUUUGCUGCUUCUUCCAGGAGAAGUGGAGCAGGCUGCAAGCACCAGCAUUCCUCUCUGUAUCCCUUCUGUGGCCCAGCCUCCUACCUGUGAAGUGAAGCCAAAGCCCGCUGUAAAAAGAAUGGACAAACAGACGGAAGAGAUACUUGGAGAUGAAGUUCAACCCUUCUCACUUGAUGAAGAAUUUGACUAUGACAAUGUGACACUAACCUCCAAGUUUAGUUCUGCAGAGAUAGAGGCCAUCAAAGAGUUAUGCAAGCAGAAGAGAAAGGACACCAGCCCAGACUUAGAGGAACCCUGUGACUGAUUCACAGAGGCAUUUUUUGUGUGUAUGUGCUUAUUUUAAUUGUGUUCGUAUUCAAGCAACAUGAGAAUAAAAGAUAAACCUACUAUAAUUCCCUUUGUGGAAA